UGCCCUAAUCGCUUAUCCUCUCGUCCAGCAUCUUCCAAUUUGUUGCCGAAUUUUCUUCUUCUCCUACCACCGGCGCGGUCGGACUUCUUUGCAAUCCACUCCAAAACCUGUCUUUGCGGCCAUCGUCGCGGUCCGCUCCGCCCGUAACCUCACAUCUCCUCCUCUUAUCUUCCCCCCUUCUCUGGCGCAAGCGCUGAGCUCUGCUAAUAGUUCGCUGAAACUGAACUGAUAAUUUGUUUUGAUUCCUAACGCCGGCCAGUAAUUUUCAAGAAUUAUCCUGAAUUCGGUGGUUGUGGAUUAAUACCGAUUGCGCUGAAGAUGGUCGGAGGUGGAGGUAGGAGGGACGAUGGAGCCAUAGCGAUAAGUAGCACGAAUGUGUUCGCUGCGCUCGAGACUCUCAAGAAGAAGAAGAAGUCGUCGGAUAAGGAGCACAAGGGAUCAGCGAAGAGGCAGGGUUCAUCGAAGGCCCAGGCAAGGGAACCGGAGCCUCCACAAGUCACGUGGGUGCCGACGCCGCUGAACAAGUCUUGGGCCGAUGUAGAUGAUGAUGAUGAUGAUUACUAUAAGAGCGCACCUAUUCUUCCGGUCUGGGGAUCUGCACAGACGCAGGACAACAAGGACGUAAUGGCUCAUUCGGCGGAAGAGGAUAGUGAAAGUGAGGAUUACGGUCUUAUUGAAGGUGACGAUGAUGUAGAAGAUGAACCCGAACAAGAGCAUGAGGCUUCAGUUCCAGACGAGCCCAUUUCAAAGAAUCCUGCCCCACCUCCUGUAGCACUUAAAGAUCCUGAAAGGCAACUCUCUAAGAAGGAACUGAAGAAAAAAGAACUUGAAGAACUCGAUGCUCUUUUGGCAGAGUUUAAUGUGUCCAACAAAGAAGAAAAAAAUACCGGCACUGUUGAAAAUAAUGCUGCUGCUGAUGAGGAUGGCAAUGAGAACACUUCUGCUCAAGCAAAUAACAGAACUUCAAAGAAAAAGAAAGUAAAGAAGGAAAAAUCGUCCAACGAAGCUAAAAAUGCUUCUGACGGAGCGACAGGUGCUGAACCUAUGGAAGAUUCAGUUUCUUCUGAAGUUGAUAUCAAAGAAAAGCUCAAGAAGAUAGCUUCCAAGAAGAAGAAAUCGGCGAAAGAUGCAGAUGCUCCUUCGAAAGCUGCAGCCAUUGAGGCCGCAGCCAGGAGUGCUAAGUUAGCUGCGGCGAAGAAGAAGGAGAAGAGCCACUAUAAUCAACAGCCUGUGAGAUAAGUUGCUUUGGUCCAUGUUUCCAUCAUAGGAUGUCUUUGUACUCUCAGAAUGAACAAAUUUCUCCUGUUAUUGUUACUUUUCUGAGCUGAAUUUGCUUGGUGAUAUUAUAUUUUCUAAUGAUCAUUAUAUUGGAUGCGAAAUACAGUUUAUUUUUAUAACAAAUGUGAAAGAUUUGUGUCC